AUGAGAUUCACCACACACACCAUUGCUAUAAUAAUCGCAGUAUGCGCAGUGCUUGAUCAAGGCGCAUUAGCUGCUGCAAAGAAGCCAUCACGGUCCAGCCCCAGUCGACGGCCGCCUUCAAGAUCUGGCCCAUCCAGAUCUUCUGGUCGUCCACCAGUGUCGAAGCGAAAAUAUGAUGACGAGGAGGACGAGGAAGAAGAAGAUUUCGGCUUGGAUGAUCCUUUUGAUGAGGAAGAAGAGGACGAAUACGAAGAAGAGGAGCGACGACCAAUCCGUUCGUCUCCCAGAAAGAGCAGCCGAUCUUCGCGCCCUGCACCCAAAAAGAGACCUUCCAGCUCUCGUGGUAGAUACGAUGACUAUGAUGAUGAGUAUGACAGGCCUAGACGACCACCGGGAGGAAGAAAACCUGGUCGAAGCGGACCCCCAUCAAGAAGGGGACCACCAGGAAGAGGACGUGGAUCUGUUGUCCCAUACACUAGACACCAAAAGGCAUCUACCUUUACGCGAAGUCUUGAGAAGCUAAAGAGCUCCAUGCCAGACCCGUCAGCUGUCAAAAAUGCAGCAGUUAAUUCUUUGAAUGCCGCAAGAGAGACUACCUCCAGUCUUUCCUCCAACCUAUACCGUGAAGUCAAAGGACUAACAAGUUCUGAAUUGGAACAAGUCAUGUUGAAGGCCACCAGACCUGAUGAUACUGCUGUUAAGGGAAAGCACGUGGAGCGACUUGUUGGUGUCACAUAUCAAAUUAGCGCCCGCUAUGACAUCUAUGAUGCCGUUUUGAGAAAGCUAUGGAGCAAAAUGGCAGAAAAGGACUGGCGAACCACCAUCAAGGCUUUGUACAUCUUGCACAGAUUCUCUGCCGAUGGGGCCCCAGAGCACGCGCCCUCACUAAAGGCACGACUACGAGAACUCCGACGCACAAGAGAUCCAAAGAGAAAAGAAAAGUUCUUCAGCUCAAAACAACUUCUUGCCGGUGAUGAUAAACCAGAAAACGCGAAAUUCAAAGCCUUCAUGUCUCGUUAUGCUCACUACGUCUUGCUCAGAGUACAAUGUUUCGGAGGAAUGUUUGACGAAAUUGGAGUGGAACCUGGAAAGGAAACAAAGAAAUCAAAGUCUAAACCAAAGCCAAAGCCAAUCACAUCGACAUGUCUUCGAGUGGAACACCUUGACGCAUCCGCCUUGUUGCUUAAGGCUGGGGUUGCUUGCCAAUUGAAGGAUGGUGAAGAAUGCGAAAACACAGCCAUUGCUGCCGAGAGAGUUGCUUCUGAUCUUAUCGGUUUGACUUCAGCUGUUGCCAAGGCUCUAAAUCGUGCUCUAGAAAGGGAUGAAUUGGAUGGAAGCGACGCUGAACUCAUCAAGAGAUGGUGUGAAUUCUACAGCGAAGAUCUCUUGCCACAAACUAGAUCGAUGGUCAAGAGAACCACACCAAAGCUAGAUGCAUUCGGUUUGUUCUUGCCUUCUCGAAUGGGUGCAACAGUAUCUCAAGACACUCUGCAAAAGGGUUUGAAGCUUGAGCCCCCCGAACCUAGCGCGGGGGAUGCCGAAGCUGCAGAAGAGGAGGACGAAGAUUCGGCUGAUGAGAAGGUCGAGACAAAGGUACAGGAAGAAGCCGAGGAUGAGGAAGAAGAGGAUGUGGAGGUCGAAGUCGAUGAGGGCAACGUCUAUGAUGAAUAUGAAUAUGACGUUGAAGAGUACUAUGACGACGAAGAACCAUUCUAA